AUGCUCGCUGAUCUUCUCUUCAAAGAUCCGAGUCUAAUUGGUACAGGGAUGCCAACACCUUGCCUACCCUGUGAUCAGUUGACACAACCGCCCCCAAGCUUCGUCGGUGGACCCGUUUGCCCUGCAUCACCUCCCGUCCUCAAUCCUGGAAUGAAUACUCUUGGCCCGGAGCAGCUUUGCUGCACAGAGACUAUCAGACUGGGCACAGCAGAGUGUUGCUGCGAUGGCUGUCCUGAUCAUCCUGAAUGGGGCCAGCCUUGCAGUGGAGAUUUACCUGACCCAAUCUGCCCUGACACUUCAAUCCUGGGAUUUCUGGAUCUAGGCUUAAUCAACACGGGGCCGAACUGUUAUCUCGGUGUAUGCUAUCUGCAAAGAUGGCAGUACGAUUGGUCAUGCUGUGCAUGUCCAGAUGGAUGGUUGCCAGUGGAACAGGAUUGGUGCGCUGGAGGGAAUCUGUGUUUUGGGUGUGGGGAUCUGACUUAUGAGUUGGUGAAUGAUCCUGUAGCGGGAUGGGAGUGUGUAUCACCGGGAGCUAGUCCUACUCCAACAACUCCGCAAAGUUCAACUCCACCUUCAGCUCCAACUACCAUCCUGACUUCACCAGAAUCAUCUCCAGCGGCACCGAGUACCACCGGAAACACACCAACUAUGCUUCCAACGUCGUCCGGUGUUACCGGUGUCAUCUAUAACGGAACAUCAACUUCCACUUCCAGCAAUCUGAUGAUAACAACAUCCACAUCCUAUUUAUUUUCAUCAAAUUCAACGAGCUCCGCACCAAGGUCUUCAUCGACUACCAGCACAACAAUCCAGUUCAGAGUUGGCAAGAAUGCAUAG